AUGAAGACCCAUCUCUACCUUCUUUUGCUGGCUGCAAGCAUCUCUGCUGCUCCCCACAUGAGCAGCGUGUCUGAACUACUGACGUUAUUACAGGAGAUGUGGGACUCAACGACAAAGGACAAUCUGGCUCUGAGGAUUGAAACUCCAGACAACAUAGAUGAUGUGAAUUGUGUCAGCACAAUCUUUGAAGGAACAGAACAGCUGAAACAUAAUCCAGCUAUGAAGAAAUUCAGUGUUUUUUUCCACAAAUUUGAAAGACUGAAGAAGUUUCUUGCACCAAACCUGGCCAAAGAGGGGAAAUGUGAUACAGAAAGAAAGACUGCAAGAAUGUUCAUAGAAAAGCUGAUGACGUUCAUCCGAAAAGCAUCAAAAAAUGCAAGAGCGUAG